AUGUAUAGUGGUUGUAAUUCAGCACCAAGAUUGGAAAAAAAAUAUGUGGAGAAGAAAAGAAGGAACAAUAUGAAGAACCUCUUUAAUCAGCUUUAUUCUCUCCUCCCACUUCGUCCAUCUCAGAUCACCAAAAAGGAAAAAAACGGGAGCUCUGAUUCUAGCUGUGAGCCUGAGCGGAUUCGUAGAUUUGUCAAGGGUUUGACUCCCACUAUCCGUAGUUAUGUGUUUAGAUCAUUUCGAGAGGGUGCUUCCUUCCAGACUAUAGUGAGUGCAGCCAGAGAGGCUGAGUUGCUUGAGCGGGAUGAUUUUGGUGGGCCCAAGAGGGUCCGUACAGGUGGUCAGUAUUCGGGUACCUCGUCAGGAGGUAGAGGCCCACACAGGGGAGGCGGGUUUUUCCUGCGUCAGAGGCCAGUACAUGCUUCUUUACCAGCUAUCGAGGGUGGGCCAGCAGCUCGGGGUCCUCCCGGUUCGGGUCGAGGUGGUUAUAGCAUUACUUCGGGUUCUUCACAGUCAGGAUCCACACCGAGGUCUUGUUAUGGUUGCGGUGAUCUAGGCCACUUGAUUCAGAGAGAUUCAGCACCUCCGGCUAGAGGUCGAGGUCGGGGACCGGCAUCUGGUAGAGGCGGACGAGCUGCGGGUAGAGGUGCUAGUGGCGCCUCAGGUUCACAUAGUGGGGGCAAAUGUGCCCAAUGUUAUGCUUUUCCUAGGAGGCCCGAGGCUAAGGCUUCUGAUGCAGUUAUCACAGGUAUCAUCUUAGUUUGUCAUCGGCCUGCUUUCGUGUUAUUUGAUCCUGGUUCUACAUUCUCAUCUGUGUCUACAUAUUUUGCUUCCGGCCUUGAGUUGACUUGUGAUCGUAUGUCUGUGCCUAUUAGAGUCUUUACACCCGUAGGUGAACCCUUAGUGGUGAAUCGAGUGUAUCGAUCUUGUCUUGUUGUCUUAUCGGGGUAUGAGACUUGGGUGGAUAUGAUUCGUCUUGAUAUGUUAGACUUUGAUGUCAUAUUGGGUAUGGACUGGCUUUCCCCCUAUCAUGCGCUUCUUGAUUGUUAUGCUAAGACUGUCACCUUAGCUAUUCCGGGUAUUCCUAGAGUGGAGUGGAGAGGGACUAGUGGUUCGUAUCCCAACAGGGUCAUAUCUCAUAUUCGGGCUCAGAGGAUGAUUGACCGGGGUUGUUUAUCUUAUUUGGCCUUUAUUCGGGAUGUUGGAGCUGAGUCACCGGCCAUGGAGUCUAUUCCGGUGGUUCAGGAGUUCCCUGAUGUGUUUCCCGAGGAUCUACCUGGUGUUCCUCCUGUUCGUGAUAUUGACUUCUCUAUUGACUUGGAGCCGGGCACCAAGCCCAUAUCUAUUCCACCUUAUCGUAUGGCUCCAGCUGAGUUGAAGGAGUUGAAGGAUCAGAUUCAGGACUUAUUGAGUAAAGGAUUCAUACGCCCUAGUGUGUCGCCUUGGGGUGCACCGCUUCAGGGGGCAGCCUUGUUCUCUAAGAUCGACUUGAGAUCUGGGUAUCAUCAGUUGAGGAUUAAGCCUUCAGAUGUGGCGAAGACAGCUUUUCGCACACGAUAUGGUCAUUAUGAGUUUUUGGUGAUGUCAUUUGGGCUCACCAAUGCCCCUGCGACGUUCAUGGAGUUGAUGAAUGGAGUGUUUCGCCCAUACUUGGAUUCCUUCGUGAUUGUGUUUAUUGAUGACAUCUUGGUAUAUUCCAAGACCGAGGCGGAUCAUGUUUGUCAUUUGAGGGCCGUGCUACAGAAGUUGAGAGAUGAGAAGUUGUAUGCCAAAUUGUCUAAGUGUAAGUUUUGGCUUGAGUCAGUGGCUUUCCUAGGGCACGUGGUGUCUAAGGAUGGAGUUAGGGUUGAUCCGGCCAAGAUUGAGGCGGUUCAGGGUUGGACUAGACCUACAUCACCUACCGAGAUUCGGAGUUUUGUUGGCUUGGCGGGUUACUAUCGGCGUUUUGUUAAGGGAUUCUCUACUAUAGCUGCACCGUUGACCAGAUUGACUCAGCAGACGGUUCCUUUUCAUUGGUCACCCGAGUGUGAGGAGAGCUUCCAAAGGCUCAAAUCCCUAUUGACUUCAGCACCUGUCUUGACUUUGCCAGAGGAGGGUGUUGGAUUUACUGUUUAUUGUGACGCUUCGGGUGUUGGACUUGGAGGUGUUUUGAUGCACAAGG